GCGCGGCAGCAUUGAUCCGUCUUUCAUUCCUACCUGGCGUGCAGAUAACCGGAAGCGCUCCUGUUCAGGAGUGCGAGAGAGGGAUGCGGGGGGAGUGGAAAGGAGAGAGAAUUGGAGAGAGAGAGCCUCGGUGAGAGUGAGGAUCGCGCUGCUGUAGAUAGUUUUCAGGACUUGGGUAAAGCGCCGCAAUGGAUCUAGCGCUAUUACCCCGGGAAAAUGCACGGCGGCGGCGGAACUACGAUAACUUAAUGGCCCCAAACAACAGCAGAAACCCGGUGCUUCUUUCGGUUCGUGCGGCUCUUCUAGCAGUCAUCAUUUUCUUUGCUAAAGGUUUGUGUGUACAGGCUGCCUCCCUGUACUUCACCAAAGAGCCAAAGUCCCAGGAUGCAUUGCAUGGGCGUAGCGCCAUGCUGCGCUGUGAGGUCAAUGACCCGGCGGACGUGACUUACAGCUGGUUGCAGGACGGCGAGGUUGUGAGCGACUCGGACCGCCGCUUCCAGGAGGGCGGUAACCUCAAGUUCGCGGCUGUGGACCGGCGGCAGGACGGCGGAAGCUUCCAGUGUGUAGCCCGCACGGCGAGCGGCGAGGAGGUCCGGUCCAGCAACGCGUCCUUCAACAUCAAAUGGCUGGAGAGUGGGGGCGUGACCCUACAGGAGCCUGCUUCGGUGGAGGAGUUGGAGAGCUCUGCACCUGUAACGCUGCAGUGUCACAUUGAUGGACACCCACGCCCAACCUGCCAGUGGUUCCGGGACGGUACGCGGCUGACGGAGGGGACGCACCAGAUGAACAGUAAAGAGCGCACGCUGACGCUGCAGAGCGCCAGUCCUGACGACAACGGCCUGUACUACUGCUGCGCCAAGAACACAGUCGGGCACGUCUGCAGCAGCCACAACUUCACCCUCAACAUUAUAGAUAAGAGCUUCCCCCGGCCAGUGCUCAUCCCGGAGGACCAGGUGGUUCUGAAGAACGAGAUGGCCGCCUUCCACUGCCAGUUCUCCGCGGAGCCCGCCCCCACCGUCCAGUGGUACCAUGAGAACGAGCUGCUCACCAACAAGUCUCGCAUAGUCCUGCUAAGUAAUGGCACCCUCCUCAUCGGCCAGGUGAAGCCGCGGAACACGGGAGUUUACAGCUGUGUGGCCCGCGGGCCCCGGGGCCCCGAAACCAAGCUGCAGGCCACCCUGCACCUGGCAGAGAUUGAGGACCUGGGGCCCAGCCUGUCCAGGGUGUUCCCGGUGGACACCGUGCAGCGUGUAGCUUGCGGGCCCCCGCGGGGGCUCCCUGAGCCUGUGCUGUGGUGGGAGCGCGGGGGGGUGCGGGUGCCCCAGGACGGCCGGGUUCACCAGGACGGUGCAGAGCUAGUGUUCAGCCCCACAGAGGGAGGGGACUCGGGUUCCUACACCUGCAUCGCCCAGAACAAGGCCGGCCAGCGGCAGCAGGAGCUCAGUGUCACUGUGGCCACUGCUCCUGAGUGGGUGACCAAGCCUGAGGACAGCCAUCUGGAGGAAGGUCACCCUGGUUACCUCCACUGCCACACCCGUGCCACGCCCACCCCUGAGAUCACCUGGCUGCGCAGUGGAGUGAACAUCAACACGGAGGACGGGCGCUUUAAGCAGUUCCCAAACGGGACGUUGCGCAUAAACAGCGUGGAGGUGGACGAUGGGGUGCAGUUCACCUGUCAGAGCAGGACGGAGGGGGGUGUGCUGAGCGGCCAGGCACGGGUCUAUGUGCUGGAGAGGCUCAAGUUCACUCCGGCCCCCCAGCCGGUGCAGUGCCUGGAGCUGAACCAGGAAGUGAGUGUGCAGUGCUCCGCUACAGGCCGCCAGCCUCCCUCCAUCCUGUGGGUCAGAACCGACGGCAGCCAGAUCCCACCCCACGUGGAGCAGAGGAACGGCGUUAUGCACUUUUUGAAGGUGACGCGUGGCGACGCCGGAAAUUACACCUGUGUUGCCUCGAACGAGCUGCAGGGGGCGAUUCGCACAACGGUGCACCUCUCCGUAGGAGUGUACGUGGUGUUUCGGCUGGAGCCAGAGAACACCACGGUGUACCAGGGCCACACUGCCAUGCUGCACUGCCAGGCCAGCGGGGACCCGCCCCCCUCCAUCCGGUGGACGGUCAAAGACAGGGCUCUGGACCCCGGCCUGAGCAGGUUCCAGAAGAUGCCAAAUGGCUCCCUGGUGAUCCGUGGUGUUACUACGGAGGACACAGGGAAAUACACCUGCAUUGCUGGGAACAGCUGCAAUACCCGCUCCAGCGCCGCCCAGCUUUAUGUUGUGGAGAAACCGGCGCAGCCUGCUGGGGAGGGGGGCGAUAGGGCUCCCUAUAAGAUGAUCCAGACCGUGGGGCUGUCGGUGGGGGCCGCGGUCGCUUGCGUCAUCCUCGUCCUCGGCCUCGUGUUCUACUGCAAGAAGAGACGCAACGCCAAGCGACAGCAGAAGGGAGCCGAGGGGGAGGAGAUGGAGUGUCUCAACGGGGGAGCUGUGCAGCAGAAUGGCCAGAUGAUGGUGAAUAUCCAGGAAGUGGUGGCUCUGACCGACCUGGGUACCACGGCAACCGCAACCAAACGUCACAGCAGCAGUGACAAGCUGCACUUCCCCCGCGCCCGUCUGCAAACCAUCACUACACUGGGGAGGGGUGAGUUUGGGGAGGUGUUGCUGGCGAAGGCGAAGGGCAUUGAGGAUGAGGAGGAGGAGACGCUGGUGCUGGUGAAGAGUCUGCAGACGCGUGACGAGCGGCUGAGGCUGGGCUUCCGCCGCGAGACGGACAUGUUCGCCAAACUGAGCCACGCCCACGUGGUGCGGCUGCUGGGCCUGUGUCGGGAGGCGGAGCCUCACUGCAUGAUCCUGGAAUACGUGGACCUGGGGGAUCUGAAACAGUUUCUCAGAAUCUCAAAAAGCAAAGAGAAGCUCAAACAUCCGAUCAGCACCAAGCAGAAAGUGUCCAUCUGUGCCCAGGUAGCGGAAGGCAUGGAGCACCUGUCCGCCCGGCACUUUGUGCACGGGGACCUGGCGGCUCGGAACUGCCUGAUCAGCGCUCAGCGCCGCGUCAAAGUGUCCGCGCUCAGCCUCAGCCAGGACGUGUACAGCAGUGAGUACUACCAGUAUCGGCAGGCUAGGAUUCCGCUGCGCUGGCUGCCAGCUGAGGCUGUCUUUGAGGAUGACUUCACCAAGGCGGAUGUGUGGUCGUUUGGGGUGCUGAUGUGGGAGGUGUUCAGCCACGGGGUGCUCCCCUACGCCGAGCUCAGCGACGAGGAGGUCCUGGAAGCUCUAAAGGAAGGGACUCUGAAGUUGGCUGUUCCAGAGAACUGUCCCUCCAGAAUUUACAGGCUGAUGCUGCACUGCUGGUCUCUGAGCCCAAAAGAGCACCCAUCCUUCAGCGAACUGCUCUCCGCACUGGGACAGCUGCCCUCCAACAGCAAGGCCUGAGGGGGGCGGAGUCCCACGCUUUGGCCCCGCCCAGAGACUCAGAUAUAGGGCUAGCCUUCAUAAUGGUAGGUUGGGUGUGCAGGGACAGAAUGGCAGGAAGACGCUUGCAGCCUCCGCUCUUCCACAGUAUUAGUGCUCAUUGGUUGUGGGUCUGAGGCCAGACUUCUGCAACCAACAGCCCAACAGGAUAUCCUCUGCCGCUAGUGCAAAGGACCAUGGGAACUACCUCUGCAGGUCACCAUUCCGAGCAUCUGCUGCCACCACCCGCCAGCCCAGGGAAAACGCACAAAGUCAGCAGGGGACGCUGCUGAAGGUGGACCUGAUACUGUACAUUUCAGGCAGUGGGACAGACCUGAUACUGUACAUUUCAUACACUGGAUUAGACCUGAUACUGUAUGUUUCAUACACUGGAUGAGACCUGACACUGUAUGUUUGAAACACUGAGAUGAACUUGAUAGUGUUUGUUUCAAACACUGGGAUGGACCUGAUACUGUACGUUUCAAACGCUGGAAUGGACCUGAUACUGUACCUUUCAAACACUGGGAUGGACCUGAUACUGUACGUUUCAAACGCUGGAAUGGACCUGAUACUGUACCUUUCAAACACUGGGAUGGACCUGAUACUGUACGCUUCAAACACUGAGAUGGACCUGAUACUGUACCUUUCAAACACCGGGAUGGACCUGAUACUGUACGCUUCAAACACUGAGAUGGACCUGAUACUGUACCUUUCAAACACUGAGAUGAACUUGAUAGUGUUUGUUUCAAACACUGGGAUGGACCUGAUACUGUACGUUUGAAACCCUGGGAUGGGGACUGGAAGUGGUGGCAUAUGUUUUUUGCAUGUGUGUUUUUAAGGUAUACCUGUCAGUGUUUACCUGAGUGUGGAGGAGCUACGGACAGUGAAGACCUGGAGACAGGCUUGGGAGGAAAGCUUUUCAUGCUUUCAGUCAUCCUGGCCUCCCGUGCAGGCCGCAUUAUUCAAACAGCCAAUCCCUGAAGAGACCCACCUCUGGGCCGUCCCACCUAGAGCGGUGCAGAAACCAUGCGCACUAACCAAACCUUUAAAUCAUUAUUUUAAAUUCUUAUGUUUUUUUUUAUUUUAUUUUUUUUAUUGUCUUUUUAACAGCAUCUCGAUGGGAAUGCUGGGUAGCUCACUCGGUAACGAGUGAGCACCGCGGUCUCGGUUCGAGUCCGGCCCGCGCCAGGGCCGACUGGCCAGCAGCUCCGCGGGGGCGCACACAGCUGGCUUUGCGUUGCCCGAGGAUUAUGGGAGGGAGUCAGUCGGCGGGGAUAGCAGUGUUUAUUGCUUGAGCGACUUACAUUAAUUAGGCGGACGCUUUUAUCCAAAGGGACGCGCGGUGCAUACCGCGGGCGCCCAUGGCUCGCUCUCUGUACACGCGUAUGAUUGGGCCUCCUCCACCCCCGCUCUGCGCAUGCACGGCUUGUGGCUGCGGCGUGAAAAAGAGCAGUUGGCUGACACCACGCGUUUCGGAGUAGAACCGCGAGUUGUCUUCGCUCUCCCGAGCCGGCAGCAGGGGCCGUAUAUGAGCGUGAUUGUACACCCUUUGGAAAUCGGACAUUCUAAAUUUGCGUGGGAUUGGAGAUGUUGUAGAAUAAAAUCUGUGUGUUAAUAAGUGACAUGCAAACUGGUCCCACGGUUGGUCUUUGCCACAUUAUUGACUCAAAGUGCCUGAAAAUGAAGGAUUUUUUUCAGCUUAGUACAUGGUCUUAUCAAGAUAUUUUUUAUCUUGGACCUUUUCCAAUACCUUUGGAUUUAUUUUUUUAUUUCUUUGCACAUGCCUAGCUGUUUUAUUGUAUCUGAAUGUUAGGCACAUACACUAAUCUCUUCUAAUCUGCUUCUGAAGGUUACAGUAACCAUGUACAGUACUUACUUUCAAUAAAGUUUUGUGAUAUCUGA